AAACUGGCUAAUAGCCAAAAUCGACUUAAACCGUUUGAUCACUUCGCUACUGAAUUAUAUUACAAUAACUCUCCCAAUAAUUUUUGACAAUAGGGAAAACCUGUAGCUUUAAAAAACCUGCGAAAUAUUUUUUUUUUGCAUUGUGGCGGGGGGGCGGAAUGUCGGCGAAGAAACAUCGCGAACCCUGGAAUGCUCUGUCGGUAAAAAAAUUGUCAAUUUCAUUGGAGUCCAUUCCGGUGCUUCGAAUAUUUUGGAGUGAAUCGUCUAUCAUGGCUUCAAAUUUAAUAAAUCGAUUGAAUUUAGCAUUGACAAGGUGUGAACACUUCAUUGCAUCACUGUUUGGGCCUAGAUUUCCACCAGGGGCUCUGUGCAGUGUACAGUUGGGUGAUCAGAGAUGUAAUCUAGAGAGCUUUUGCGGAGUUAAAUCGUCACCUUCGUUGAGGGAUGUCUUGCGUGAUGGAAUUCUGUGGGCUGUGCCGAAGCACAGGAGGAGCUUGGAGAAACGAAUGACCAGGAGGUUCGGGAUUCCUGAAUUGCACUAUAAGAUGUACACGCCGAAGAAUAUUCUUUAUUGUCCUGCUUGUGGACAUCCCCAUGAGCCUGGGAUUCUCUGCAAUCACUGUUAUGGAAGAGUAAAAGCUGAAACAAAGGAAAUUCAGGACGCGAUCGAGGCAAACCUGGGUUUAGAACCAGUAGAACAAAACGUAGUUGUCCUGUAUGAAGGAGAGAAGGAAUUGAAAGGAGCUGAUUACUGGAAAGGGCAGAGGAUUGUCGAACUCCCGAAGAAGAGGCCUGCCUGGUUCCACUCAAAUCUGAUGCAACCCACCACCCAGGAACCUGCAGAGACAAACGACCUCAAACCUGACCACUUAGCAUAAAUAAAAAACUUGUAAUAUUUCUUUAAUAAACUUCGUUUUUGAAACAGUA